UGUUCGCGAACUGCCUCGGCACAUUUCACUCUGCACACCGUGCUUCUACCGCAGCCCCAUCCCCUUAUGCAGACAUCGUCGAGUUGGGUUUUGUUUGGUGGAUCGGGAAGUUUCGAGGAUUAUUGAGUUUCAUUCACCAUGCAGGCCCUGGUGCGGUUAGCUAGGAGGACAAACCUGUUGCAGGCACGUCCGUGCUUCCAGCAAGGUCUCGUCACGCGGUCGUGUUCUCAGGAUGAACAAGGAGAAGGUUCAGGUCUUGGAACUGUUGGGGGCAAUGCUGGAUUAGAGGGUGUUGCCGUGGGAACUCCUUCGAUCGGUGGAACCCUUGGAGCUGCUACCUCUGCUGGGAACACGAACUCCAAUAAGAUAUUUGCGCGGUUGUCAAAUUGCCCGAAGUACGCAUUCAAGUCAGACGUUCUGGCGUACUUUGAAGGCUGCAACUUGCAACCACACCAACUGGUGACUAUCUACGAUGAAAAGUACCGUCAGAGAUUCAUACAAUUGGAGUUCGAUAGUAUGGAGAGUUUCCGGCAAGCACAACGAACCAUUGUACGAAAGGGUCGCUUGGGUGGCCGUUAUUUGAAGCUAGACUUGGAAGCUCGGAGGUACGACAAUGACGAUAUUCACAACGUAGUGAAAGAUUUCAGGGGGCAAUCUCUGCUAAUGAUGCAGGUACCCACAGAAGCCACUGUGGAGGAUGUUGAGCGCUUCUUCCAAGGCUACAACCUAUCAUCGUUCUCUACAAGGUUUUUGAGGGUACAAAAGGACAUUCCAGCUUACGCUGGCCGGAAGGUUAACUUAAAUCCAAAUUCUCCGGCGAACAUUGAACGGCGUGCACUAGUCAAAUUCUCUUCACCUCUGGAAGCUUUCCGUGCUUUGCGCGCAAAGCAUGGGCAAUUUUGCCUAAACAAAAGCAUAGACUUACGGUUUGUUCAAUAAAACCAUGAGGGAUCUUGUUUUGGUUCUCCAGUGUUGGAGCAUAGCCAGGAGUUAGGAAGCACUGUGACUAGGUUCUACUGCUUGGAGAGUAAUCCGAUUUUACCACAAAUAUUCAAGGAUGAUGUUAGAUGCGAUGAUUUUGGAGCCAUAGUGGCGUAUAAGCCUAGAUUGUGGUAAAUAAUCACUCCAGGAUCUCUUGUUGAAGAAUUGAUUUAAACAAUUGUGGCCAACAUAUACUUUCUAUGCCU